CGGAACAUUUGUUCGGCAAGAAUGAAGUAACGCAACAACCUUCACUUUCCUACUGUUUAUUCAUCACUGCCGGCCAUCAAUUUCUCAGCGCAAAAAACCAACAUCAAUUGCCACAAGAAAAUAAAAACACAGGAUGCCUCCUCAAACACCAACAACACCAAACAAAUUCUAUUUCUACUACGGUCACCGCAAACCCUCCCAAAACCGUCCAACCGUACGCGGCGGUCUUUUCUCCAAUCGCCAAACUCUCACUCCUCCCAAACCUACAACCACAUCCCGCCCUUUCGAAAUCCAAAAGUGGGACCCACACUUCCUCUCCCAACAAAACCCCUCACCACCGCCACCACCAUCCCCGGAAGCAUCAUUCUCUGCCUCCCUCCGCCUCUCCCCGAUUGCUCGAUUCAUCGUUGACGCUUUUCGCAAAAACGGUUACAAGUGGGGCCCAUCGGUUAUAGCUGAACUCAACAAGCUCCGUAGAGUUCCUCCCAACCUUGUUGCUGAGGUACUUAAAGUCCAAACUAACCCUACUCUCACUUUCAAGUUUUUUCACUGGGUAGAAAACCAAAAAGGUUAUCAUCAUAAUUUCGCUUCAUUUAAUGCAUUUGCUUAUUGUCUUAACCGUGCAAAUCAUUUCCACGCCGCGGAUCAGCUCCCUGAGCUGAUGGAUGCUCAUGGAAAGCCUCCGUCGGAGAAGCAAUUCGAGAUUUUAAUUCGAAUGCAUUGUGACGCAGGAAGAGGUCUUAGGGUUUAUCAUAUUUAUGAUAAGAUGAGGAAUAAGUUUGGUGUGAAACCUAGGGUUUUUUUGUAUAAUACGAUUAUGGAUGCUUUGGUUAGGACUCGACAUUUGGAUUUGGCGUUGUCGGUUUAUAAUGAUUUUAGAGAGGAUGGACUGGUUGAAGAGAGUGUUACUUUUAUGGUUUUGGUAAAGGGAUUGUGUAAAGCUGGGAGGAUUGGUGAGAUGUUAGAGGUUUUGGGGAGGAUGAGGGAGAAAUUGUGUAAGCCGGAUGUUUUCGCAUAUACCGCGUUGGUUCGGAUUAUGGUUGCAGAGGGGAAUUUGGAUGGUUGUUUGAGGGUUUGGGAAGAAAUGAAGAGAGACGGAGUUGUGCUGGAUGUCAUGGCAUAUGGUACUAUCAUUGGUGGUUUGGCUAAAGAGGGAAGGGUUAAGGAGGGUUAUGAGUUGUUUAAGGAGAUGAAAAGUAAGGGUCAUUUGAUAGAUAGAGCGAUAUAUGGAUCAUUGAUUGAGUCGUUUGUGGCGGGGAAUAAGGUUGGUUUGGCUUUUGAUUUGUUGAAGGAUUUGGUGAACUCAGGAUACCGAGCCGAUUUGGGGAUUUAUAAUAACCUUAUUAAAGGUUUGUGCAACUUGAAUAAGGUUGAGAAGGCUUAUAAGCUUUUCCAAGUCACUAUUCAGGAGGGUCUUGAACCGGACUUCUUAUCUGUAAAACCGUUAUUGUUGGCCUAUGCCGAAGCGAAACGUAUGGAAGAAUUUUAUAAGUUGCUAAAAAAGAUGGAGAAAUUGGGAUUUCCAGUCAUUGAUGAUCUGUCCAAAUUUUUCUCCCAUUUGGUUGAGAAGAAAGGACCAGUAAUGUCACUCGAGAUAUUUACACACUUGAAAGAAAAAGGUUAUGUUAGUGUUGAAAUAUACAAUGUUCUUAUGGAUUCUCUUCGAUUGAGUGGCGAAGUGAAGAAAGCGUUAUCACUCUUCGAUGAAAUAAAGGGGUCAGGCAUGAAGCCUGAUUCGUCAACAUAUAACAUAGCAAUUCUAUGCCUUAUUGCUCGCGGUGAAAUUCAAGAGGCUUGUGUAUGUCAUAAUAAGAUCAUUGAGAUGUCUUGCAUUCCUUCUGUGGUUGUUUAUCAUCGCCUUGCUAAAGGUCUUUGUGAAAUAGGAGAGAUUGAGGAAGCCAUGAUGCUUGUUAGAGAUUGCUUAGGCAAUGCUACUAGUGGACCUAUGGAGUUUAAGUAUUGUCUUACCCUUGUUCACAUAUGCAAAUUUAAUGAUGCAGAAAAGGUGAUUGAUGUAUUGAAUGAGAUGAUGCAACAAGGUUUCCCUUUAUGCAAUGUUGUAUGUUCUGCAAUCAUCUCUGGCAUGUGCAAGCAUGGAACAAUUGAAGAGGCCAGAAAGGUUUUCUCAAAUUUGAGAGACCGCAAAUUGUUGACAGAAUCUGAUACUAUUGUGUACGACGAAUUACUAAUUGAUCACAUGAAGAAAAAGACAGCGGACUUGGUAAUAUCAGGAUUGAAGUUCUUUGGUCUAGAGUCUAAACUAAAGUCAAAGGGUUGUAAGGUGUUGCCAAGUUGAAAACUGUUAUGGUGGGGACUAAUUAUUUGCUUCUUUUUGGUCAUUUAUAACGAUGUUGCCACCUCUUUUUCUAUUAAGGGUGUGUUUGAAAUAUCUUAUUUGCGCUAUCUUAUGACAUAAGUGCUUAUGAAAUUACUUGAAAGAGCCUAUACAAAUAGCUUACGAGUUAUAAGUAUGAGUUUAAACUCACAAGCUCUUUGAUUAUUGAAUCGGCUUAAUCAUAAAUGCAUACAUGAUAAACAUUUAUUGAAUAAAUGUUUAAUUGAUUUUUUUGUCCAAAUGCACAAUCAACAAUUUCAGAAGAUCUUGUACUAUUUUACUACUGUUUUCCAGCAUUUAUUCUUUACCUCUUUUGACUCUGUCCAAACUCCAUUAGGAAUUUUCUUUGGAGACUAGUCAGGACAUUCUCCAACCAGCGGCAACUUGAGGAAAAAAGGUCUGAUGAUUGAUGUUACCUGCUCUGUAUGUAAUUCCAAUCCUGAGUCGGAUGACCACUUAUUUAUGUAGACUAUAGCUAACAAACAUGUUGAUAGAGUUUUCAAUUUCGACAAGGAUUUUGGACCUAAAGCACAACAGAGAUCGAUAUACGACCAAGUCAUUUCCCCAAUUGUCAAUGAAGUUCUUGAUGGUUUCAAUUGCACUGUCUUUGCUUAUGGACAAACUGGGUCUGGUAAAACUUAUACAAUGGAGGGUGGAAUGAGAAAUAAGAGUGGUGAUUUAACUGCUGAGGCUGGUGUCAUCCCAAGAGCAGUUCGUCAAAUUUUUGAUAUUUUGGAAGCACAAAAUGCUAACUAUAGCAUGAAAGUCACAUUCCUUGAGCUUUAUAAUGAAGAAAUAACUGAUCUAUUGUCCCCAGAAGACAAUUCUACCAGGCCUAUAGAAGAAAAAAUAAAGAAACCUGUAGCCCUUAUGGAAGAUGGAAAAGGUCGUGUGGUGGUGAGAGGCCUUGAAGAAGAAUCAGUAUACAGUGUAAAUGAAAUUUAUACUCUGUUGGAACGAGGGGCAUCUAAGAGGCGCACUUCAGAGACAUUGCUUAACAAGAGAAGCAGGUUCUGCUUGAUCGUGGUUUAAGUUUGCAACAAUAUGAUUACAGGGCCGUGCUAGAGAAGCGGGAGAGAUAAACCAGAGCUUACUCACUCUGAGAUAGUAAGCUUACAAGGAUUUUGCGAGACUCCUUAGGAGGGAAAACUAAAACAUGCAUAAUUGCUACUAUUAGUCCAUCUGCUUAUUGCUUGGAAGAAACACUAGGUACCCUAGACUAUGCUAGCGGAACAAAAAACAUAAUGAAUAAGCCUGAGGCAUCAACGCACACCGAGAGCUUCUGCCGUAUAUGAAUCUAAGGCGAUCCAUUCUUUUCUGCAAGCUGCCAAAGAAACAACACCAGUUGGAUCUUUAAAAACACAUCACCACGUGAAUGUCAUUCCCCUGCUUGGUUAAAAUUGGAGACAAUCACAAGCACUCCUAGCCACCUCCAAAGGAUUCGACGUUAAGUGUUUUAAACAGAAUUAGAAUUCUCUCAUUCCAAAUAUUUUAGAGUUGCACAAACCAGUUGCAACCCAAGUUUUUCCUUGCAACUAAUCUAGCUCUUCAUCCAGGUUCUUAUUAGUCUCACUUGGUACAUGAGCUCUCAGUAGCGAGCAAACCAGACUAGCUUUGCAGCAGUGCAGUGCAUAAACAAGUGGUCAGGAUUGGAAUUACAUACAGGGCGGGUAACAUCAAUCAUCAGACCUUUUUUCCUCAAGUUGCCGCUGGUUGGAGAAUGUCCUGACUAGUCUCCAAAGAAAAUUCCUAAUUGAGUUUGGACAGAGUCAAAAGAGUAAAAGAAUAAAUGCUGGAAAACAGUAGUAAAAUAGUACAAGAUCUUCUGAAAUUGUUGAUUGCGCAUUUGGACAAACAAAUCAAUUGAAUAUUUAUUCAAUAAAUGUUUAUCUUGUAUG